AUGAUUUUUUACGUGAUAGUAUUGUUGCCCUAAUAAUUCUAGAAAAUGUCAACCUCCUGAAAAAUUUAAUUUCAAAAUUGGAUUUCAAAAAUCCAUAAAGAAAAAAAUUUUACAUAGUUUUUUGGGUCUACUCUUUUCACAAUUCAAUUUUCACACUUUUUUUAAAUACACGUGGCUGAGCAAUAUAUUGAUUUUUGCAGGGAACAGUAAAAUCUCGAAAUUCGACUGCUACAACAUCAUCCUCUUCUACAUCUUCAACCACAACAAUUCUUUCACAACCGCCUCAAAUUCCAAAUCUUCUACAAUUGAAUCUCGAAUCACUUUGGCCAAAAAUCAAUAAUAUUUCAUCAGAAGAAACAUCAAUUGAACAAGAAGAAAUUGAAGAAGAAAAAUCAGGACAAGAAACGGAAGAAGAAGAGGAAGAAGGAGCAAGAAGCACACCAAGUAGUACAUCUGGAACUGGAUCAGAUCCAUCGGGUUCAAGAUCAGAACAAGGAUCAGGGAAAUCGAAAAGGAAAAGUUUUCAACCGAAAAAAUUGGAGCCAGAUCAAGAAGAAGAAGAAGAGGAAGAUGUAUCAUGUGGAGAAGAAACAACACAACAACAACAACAACAAACAAAUCAGAAUAACUCAUUUUUGGAGGCUCAUCGAAAAAUAUAUUCAGCAUUUUUGGAACAGCAAAGAAGUCGAAUUAUUGGAAAUUUGGCACAACAACAAAAAGGAGAUCAAGUAGAUCAACAACAAAAUAAAAAAGAAAUGAAUGUUGAACAAUUGGUUGAAAGUUUGAAAUCGGAAAUUUAUGAUAAUAUGCAAGAAAAGGUACGGUUUUGGAUCUGAAUUGAAGAUUUUGGGUUAAGGUGCACCUGAAAACUUUAAGGGUGAAUUUUAGAAAAAAACUAAUGUUUUUUGAGAAAAAUUCAGAUGCUCACAUCGAGAUUCUCACAUUUUAGAGGUUAGAAAGAAGCUUGUCAAUUUUUGAGAAAGCUUAACAUUUUAGGAUGAAACUAAAGUUUUUAGGAUGAAGCUUUAAUAAAUCUUAGAGAAGAGCUCGAAUGUUCAAUGAAAAACUUAGAUUUAUUUUUGCAGAAACCCGCUUCCAAACCAAUGUUGCCACCUGGUGUCCCUCCAAUUUUCCACCAUCCAAUGUUUGCUGCUUUGGCAGCCGCUCAAAAUAAUCAAAUUUUCGGAGCUCCUCAACAAGGUAACCUAUAAAAACCUUCUUUUCGACCUCUAAUCUCUCAAAUUUUCAGCAAUUGGUGGCGGAAUCUUUCCCCCAUUCAAUGCUUUCCAAGCUUUUCAAAAUGCGAUGCUCCGUCGAAAUUUGGAAAAUGAAGAACCGCGAAAAAAACGCAUGAAAUUGGAACCUUUUCCACCAACAAUGGUUGGACAUCCAAUGUUUGGAACAGAUCGCGAAAAUUCGCCGAGUAAUUCUGAUGAUGGAGAUUUUGGAUGUUAUGAUGGAUGUGGAAAUGGUGGAGGAGGAGCUAAUUCAACAUUAACUCCAAUGCAUUUAAGAAAAGCUAAAUUGAUGUUUUUCUAUACGAGAUAUCCGAAUUCGAAUUUGCUGAAAUCAUAUUUCCCGGAUAUUCGAUUUAAUAAAAAUAAUACUGCUCAACUUGUCAAAUGGUUCAGUAAUUUUAGGUGAGUGAAAUUAGGAAAUCGAUCGCAAAAACAGAAAUUUAGCUUUUUUUCUCUACACAUUCGUUUUUGUAGUUUGAGUAUCGAAAAAAUGUAGACUAGAAAAUCCACAUGGCAAAAUCCUUGCUUAGCUUCCACGUGGCAAGGCCUCCAAUUUUUAUACAAAAUCUUCUGCACAUUGUGUUUUUCAAAAAAAAAUUCACAUUUGACCUGAAAACCUCUUAGUAAAAUCUUAGUUCCGGCCGAAAAACUCCUACUAUUUUCUAAUCCUUUCCUCCCAGCGGCGGAAAGAAAAAAAAAACGAAAAUUCCAUUAUUAAUAACCUUGAAGGAUUUUAUGAAAUAUGAACACGUUUAACAAUAGAAAUGUCUUCUUUAGAUGGUCAUGGCUCGUUGAUUAUCUUCUUCUUUUUCUUCUACGUUUUCUUUAUUAUUAUUGAAUUAUUAUUAUUAUGUUUGAGAAAAAUAAAGGGAAUUUUUGUCAGAAGAAGAAACAUAGGAAGUGAAAUCAAACGCGCUCUAGUGCACAUCACGAGUUUUUUGAAAACUUUCAAAAUUUCAGUUUGCUUAUUUAUCAAGCGCGCUCUAUAGUAACCCCCUUCUUUUCUUGAAAACCUCCAAAUUUUCCAGAGAAUUCUACUACAUUCAAAUGGAAAAGUUUGGUCGUCAACUUCUUGCUGAAGGAGUUCGAUCUCGAGAUGAAAUUUAUGUGACAAAAGAUAGUGAAUUGUUCAAAGUUCUAAAUACCCAUUAUAAUCGAAAUAAUCAUAUCAAAGCACCUGAUAAUCUAUUAUUUGUUGUUCAAGAAACACUUCGAGAAUUUUAUGAUGCAAUUCGAUUGGGAAAAGAUGUUGAACCAUCGUGGAAGAAAACUAUUUAUAAGGUAAGAUGUUUUGGAAGGGAUUUUUAGAAUUUGGGAAUCGAAACGGACGAUCGUUUAAGUUUUGAAAAGAAAUCUCAUCACAAAACCUCUGUAAUUGCAGAUAAUCAAUCGAAUGGAUGACCAAAUUCCCGAGUUUUUCAAAGAACCUAAUUUUUUGGAUCGAUUAGAAGGAUAA